AUGGGGGCCCCUCCUAUGUGCCCUCAAGGAGAAGAGGGGCCCCCGGGGGCCCCCUUUGGGGGCCCCUCUGGCGAGCCUGCUGAAGAGGAUUCUGUCGGGGCCUUCUUGUCUGAAGUUGCGCAGCUGCUGCUGCGGGGCCCCCACGGAACAGCAGCAGCAGCAGCAGCAGCAGCAAAAGGUAUAUGGGAGUACGACUUAGCGGGCCUCCUUUCAGGCUUCCUGCGUCUUACAGAGGAGGGCCUCAUAGAGAUGGAGCAUGCAGGAGAGCAUGGGGACCCCUCAGACCCUCUUUUCUGCCCCCCUCUAUCUCCAGAAGGGGGGGGGGCCCCCUCCCUGGGGGCUCCCGGGGGCCCCUCUCCAGGGGGCCCCCCUGCCCAUACGAUGAAGUUUUCUCAUGCUGCUAUGCUGCUGGAGCGGUCUGCUGCAGUUUGGGGGUUGAGGAUUGAACGUCUGCAUGCACUGGCCUUUAAUCUGCUGCAGCAAGCGCAGCAGCAGCAGCAGCAAGGGCUUGAAGGGGGCCUCAGAGGGCGCAGCGGGGCCUCGGGGGCCCCCCAGCUAACCCUGCAGCAGCUAAGAAACCAGACCCUGCAGCAGCUAGACACAGCUCCUUGUCUUUUGCUGCCAGAGGCCCCUCCUCAACUCACAAAGGAGGGGCCCCCAGGGCCCCAGGGGCCCCGGGCCCCCGACCGUGUGCUGCUGCCUUCCGUUCUUAGGGGCCCCACAGCCGCAGCAGCAGCAGCAGCAGCAGCAAGGCCGCAGCGCGACCACGCCGAGCCUCCAGGGCCCCCAGAAGGGCCCCUCGGGGCCGCGGGGGAUCCGCACGCUCCAGCAGCAGCAGCAGCAGCAGCAGCAGAUCCCGAUGAAGAGGCUAGGGCCACGUACAACGACCUGCAAGGCCUCAGGGUAACUAGCUUGAAGGUGCACAGGGAUACGGGGGGCCUCCUCGCCACUUCAUCAGAUGCAGCAGCCUAUCUCUCUCUUGCCCAGGGGGGCCCCCCCUCUGGGGGGCCGGGGGGCCCCCGGGGUGUUGGGGGCCCCCGUGGGGUUGGGGGCCCCUCGGCUCUGCUGCUGCCGCCUGUUGCUGCUGAACAGGGUAUAGGAGACACCUGGGAGGAAUACCCGGACUUCUUCGCAGCAGCUGAGGGGGGCCCCACUUCAGAACAGCAGCAACUGCAAGGGCCCCGGGGCCCCCCAGCUGAUCAGGGGCCCCAGAAUGGGUUGCCUGCAGCAGCAGCUGCUGCUGCAGCAGUUGCUGCCCCUUCGUCGGGGGCCCCCUCUCCUCCUCCUAGGCUUGAAGCACCGGACUCCUGGGUUCAGGCCCUCUUGCUAGAAGGAAGGGGGGGCCCCCCGGGGGGCCCCCAUGAAGUUUCUUCUUCUUCUUUGUCUUUAAGUGCAGCAGCAGAGGCUUGGGCUUGCCUCGGCCUCCCUGGAGAAGAACAAACACCAGAAACAACAGGGGCCCCUGAGGGGCCCCCACCCCACCGCCUUGCCUUCCUAAACUUUCUGUAUGGUACUCAUUUGGGGUCCCCUGGUCCUCUGCAUGCAUCUCGCGACUUCCUUAGGGGCCUUUCCCUUUCGGCGCGUCUUCAUCUUGAUUUGCUUUCUAUAAGACAAAAAAUAACAAAUGAGCACAGAGCAGGGGCCCCCGGGGGGGGCCCCGGGGCCCCUGGGGGCCCUGGGGGCCUCACAGCUGCUGCCUUGCAGCAGCUGCUACUCCGCACCUCUGGGAACAACACAGGGGGCCCCCAGGACCCCCAGGGGCCCCAGGGGCCCCAGGAGCUUGAGGGGCCCCUCAAGCGGCGGCCUCGAUACUUUUUAAUGAACUUACCCAGCAGCUGCGAACAACCGAAAGAAAAUAAGGGCCCUGGGGGGGGCCCCCCGUGCAGGGCUCCCCCUGCAAGCAUCUUGGGGGCCCCCGAGGGAGACCCCUUAUUGCAAAGCCCAGGGGGGCCCCUGCUGUUGCACAGGGCCUCCACUCGAGAGGGUCAGGAAGCCCUCCUCAGGGGCCUCUGGCCGCUGCUGCCGUCUCCUAACACCCAGGGGGGCCCCACUGUGGGGGCCCCCGCUGACAAGGGGGGGCCCCCAGGGGCCCCCUUCGGGGCCCCAGGGUACAGCACACUCCCCGGGUACCCAGCGGUUAAACUGCCGGGGGCCCCCCACAGGCGCCUCCUCAGGAGGCUGUUUUGCCCCCCUAUAAACAACCAGCAGCAACUGCAGCAGCAGCAGCAGCAGCAGCAGCGGGUGCAGUGGUUGCACCGGUGGCAGUGGGCAGACGAUUUGCUGCUGCUGCGGCUGAAGGAAUGUCUUGCAGCGAGGAAACAGGCCCUAAAGAUGCAGCGAGCAGCUUGCAGGCGACAGGCCCGAAUAAUCCUUCCGCGGGUUCGCGUCUUGAAUGCGUCCGCAGCAGCCGCGGCAGAAGCAGCAGCAGAAGCAGCAGCAGCUGCUGCUGCAGCUGCAGCUGCUGCGCAGGCAGAAGCUGCUGCAGCAGAGGAGUCCUUGG